AUGGCAGAUGUGACGGAGAAGCCUGUGGAGGCGACCGCGGAACUGGCCGGGGAAGAGGACCAGGCGGUUCCGGCGGAGGUGCCCGCGGAAAUCCAGGCGAGCGCUGCUGAGGAAGAGAAGCCUAGCAACGGCGAAGAGAGGCUUGCGAAACCGACAUUUGUCGUCCGCCUUCGAGGGCUCCCUUGGGAUGUGCAGGAAGAGAACGUCGUCGCUUUUUUCAAGCCUGUCGUCGCCCUCGAGAAUGACAACGUCCUCAUCUGCAUCGGGUUCGAUAAAAGGACAACCGGCGAGGCGUACGUACAGCUCCCGGACCCAGGUCUUCGAGAGCAAGCGAUCAAGGAUCUCCACGGCCGUCUUCUGGGGACGCGCUGGAUCGAGGUCUUCCGUGCUUCGGAGGAAGAGUUCCAGAAGGCAGACGACCGCCGAAAAACAGUCAUGGCGGCCAUUUCUGGCAACACAGACAGCCUCGACGCGUCGAGGCGGAUGAACCUGAACGUCGUCAAACUCCGAGGCCUUCCGUGGUCCUGCAGCGAGAGCGAAAUCGUCCGUUUCUUCAAAGCGGAAGGAGGCUUCGAGAUACAUAACGAUGACGUUGUCUUGGGAGUCACCGGCGACGGGCGUCUCUCAGGCAUUGCGUUCGUUGAGUUGCCGAGCCCCGAAGUGGCGGAGAAGGCUCGUGAAGUUCUUCAUAAGAAAUAUAUGGGACGUCGCUUCAUCGAGGUCUACCCUGCGACGCGCGAAGACAUGCAGCGAGCGAAGCGGCCUGUGAGAGGCGGCUUCGACGGCUACUACCACGGCGGCUUUAACUCCGGCCCGAUGAGAGGGCCUGGUCGCGGCGGAUUCCGAGGCGGCAUGGGCCGUGGAGGCUACGGUGGCCAUGGAUCGCCUUACGGCGGCGGAGGCUACGGCGGCGGCGGCGGUUACGGAGGAGGCGGCGGCGGUUACGGAGGAGGAGGCGGCUAUGGCGGCGGCGGUGGAGGCUACGGCGGCGGCGGAGGCUACGGUGGUGGGUACGGAGGAGGCAACGGCGGCUAUGGAGGAGGUAACGGCGGCUACGGAGGAGGCAACGGGGGCUAUGGAGGCUACGGAGCAGGCGGCGGAGGCUACGGAGGCUAUGGCGGAGGCAACGGCGGCGGUUACGGAGGCGGUGGGGGAUACUCGCCGGCUGGGCCUCACCAUGGCGGCAUGGACUCUAGCAACUGGAGCGCUCAGGUGUUGAGGUUGCGAGGACUGCCUUACAGCGCGAACGAGCAGCACAUUGUGCAAUUUUUCAACGGCUUCCACAUGGCCGCGAUCCUACCGUCGACAAUUCCCAUCGAUGGUCGGCCGUCCGGCGAAGCGUACGUCCAGUUCGUUGACGCGGCAGAGGCGUUCCGCGCGUUCCAGGCCAAGAACGGAGCCCGCAUGGAUAAACGCAUGAUUGAGCUUUUCCCCUCGUCUAAGCAGGAAAUGGAGUUCGCCGCGCAAGGCGGAGAUCCCCGAGUCUUCAGGGAGCGCAACAGGGCGUAUUGA